AUGGGAGCGCAGACUAAGGACAGGCUACACGGGCGACCAGCCGGCUUGUCAACCAUUAUUCUUACCAUUGCCAAAGUUGCCACUACUGUAACCAUUCGUGGAGGAGGAAAGCAUUAUCGAGUGAACAGUCAAGCUGGAAGCGUAACGAAGUUUGACAGGCAGACUGCAUUCCCGACAAACGGCACGCAGCAGCCCGUGGUGCAUCAGGUCUGGCCAGAUCCGUCUCUCGCUGUGUUCGUGGACGUGGCUUUAGAUGGUUUGGAAAUUUUAGCGUGUGAAAAGCACAAGUUCGAUUAG